AGUGCAAAUUCUUUAUGGGUAGCCAAAUCCAGUCCUGAUUUUCCAUUGAGCCGCAGCUCCAUUCAAGCGAGAGUCAGGUAAACUUUUUCUCCACAUCCCAAGGACGGUCUGUCGGAAUCCAGUUCCAGUUGCUACAGGUGGUUCCCCUCCAUGUUUUAUAUCUACUUUUCUACUUUUUCUUCUGGGCGAGCGGUGUUUUUCUGCUGGUGUAGUUGAAUAUGAAUAGACUUUGGAGCAACGACUCGAGUAGCCUACAUCUGAAAUCGCAUCCUUUGAAAAAUAUGGCGGGAUAUAAAGAUCAUGUAGGUUCCCAAACAAAAACAAGGUCAAAACUGUUUGUUGGAUUUUAAUGUAGGCUAUAAAGGUACGAAUAGCCGUUUUGCGUUACAACCUCGCUGGAUAUCGUUAAAAAUGCCUUUCCACCAAAGAACCGUGGAGCCGCGGCGCGUGAGUAGGUUGCCCCGAAGGGAUGGGACACCCGGUGAAGAUGUGGGCUACGUCGUGCUGGAUGGGCGCAAACUUAAGAAAAAUGUUCUUUUUUCGUCUUUGGAUGACGUUUGCUGUCAUACAAUGAUUAAUAUAAUUCAUCAACUUUCCGACCUAUCGAGAAAUGCAAGCGACAUAUUCCUUGGGAUUGAAAUGGAAGCUGGAAUGGUGUUUCAAAGGUCCUGCAGGAUUCAACAACGCCUGGAAACUUUACAGAAUACAGUCUGCAAGUUCGACCACAAGAAAAUCAAAAUCCCGGUGUCUAACCUGGAUGAGGAGAGCAAGUGGACGGUCCACUACACGGCCCCCUGGCACCAGCAGGAGAACGUGUUCCUGCCCGGCAGCCGACCGCCAUGCGUGGAGGACCUGCACCGCCAGGCCAAGGUCAACCUCAAGACCGCGCUGAGAGAGUGUGACAAGCUGAGAAAGGAUGGUUUCAGGAGCUCCCAGUACUACUCCCAGGGCCCCACCUUCGCUGGGCCUGAGCCCCCCCACAGCGCCCUGCAGGACGACGAGGACGACAAGAAGUCCACGGCUUCGUCGGCGGAGGACGACAAGUCCCUCCUCUGCAUGACGCCUCAGACCCCCCUGGAAGGGGAGGGGCCGGAGGCUGACGGACAGGUGGUGUGGACCAAGGCCCCGCCCCUUCCCACACCCGAGGAGAAGAUGAGACAGGUGGCCCAGGCCGUGCCCACAGACAUCAUCCCCAUCAACGUCACAGGGGCAACGUUUGACCGGCAGGCCAGCAUCCGCCGCUCCCUUAUUAACACUGACACGAUCUCCCGCCGGCCCAAGAAGGUCAAACGCAGAAAGACUAUUUCAGGGGUGCCCGACAACGUCAACCUGGAACUAGCGGCGAAAGGGAGAGGCGGCGAGCUCCGGCCGCAUUCCAUGUUCAUCCCGGGACAGUACUCGACGCUGGGACGGGUCGGGAGCGUCAACUCCUCGCUCCGCCGCUCCGACACCCGGGAGUCGGGCUGCCAGACCGAGGAGGUGAAGAUCGUCCCUCCGUCCAUGCGGAGGAUCCGCGCUCAGAGAGGACAGGGCAUCGCCGCCCAGAUGGCCGGGAUUUCCACUUCCUCUUCGACAGGAAAUAUGUCUAUCUCCAGCGGGGACAUCUCGGGGGUGCUGGUCCUGCCCCCCCAUCUGAACGGAGAUGCCCAGAGGUUUCACAGCCUCCCCCGCCCAGGCGCCAGGGUCUCUUUAAGCGCCGACCCCAUCUACAGUAGCACUCCCAUCAGGCCGGAGGUCCACACUGCACCCCAGAGGCAGAUUGGCAAGCUCCAGGUGGACGACACCGUGGUCCAUCUGAGGAAUGCCCCCAGGACAGGCACUCUUCCCCGGCCACGGUCCCAGGAGGUAAGGGGGUCCCAGACAGGGGAGUGGGGAGGGGGUCCAGCCUGCAUGGUGUCCCCCCACGCCGCCUACUCCACCUCCGUUAUCCCCAAUGCCACCAUGUCCUGCUCAGCCGAGGUCAUCACCCUCCGCCACUCCCCCGGCCAGCCCACCCAGUCCCCCGGCCCCAGGCCUCUCAGCCUGGCCUCCAACGCUGACUCUCUGGCCUCCACCCACAGCACCACCUGCCCAGUCCUCGCCCCCGCCACCCCCAGCGAAUCAGGACGCUCCGACAGCAGCAUGCACAGCGCCAGCACCGUUGCGGCCACGCCCCCGCCCUCGGCCGACGACCAGUGGAUCUACGACACGCCCGAGAACGUGGUCACGCCUCGCCGCCCUCUGACCUCCAGCUGCUCCACCCCCAUCAACCACCUGUACAGUAGCUUGGAGCGCUCGUCUCGUACCACCACCACCACCGACUCCAGCUCCCUCUACUCCCAGGACAACGAUGGCUACUACACCUCCAUGCACCUGGACUCCGGCCUGCGCUCGCGGAACCACGGCAGCGGCCAGGGUCACGGGCUCGCCGGCGGCCGGGCUAGCAGGCACAGCAUGUACGAGUGCCGCGAGCUAGCCCACCAGGACGACGGAGGCAGUCUGUACAGUGACCGCUCGCUCUCUCGCAGCAUCUCCCUGCGCAAGGCCAAGAAGCCGCCGCUGCCCCCGGCCCGCACCGACUCCCUCAGACGCAAGCCAGGCGGCAAGAAGCCACUGGGCAGCGUCAGCGCCAUUAGCGGAGUUGGCGCGGGAACGAACAGCGCGGUGCUGAACGAGACGCUAAUCGCUAGCCUGCAGCAGAGCCUCCAGAUGGGGCUCCGGGGGGGGAAGGGCAAGGGAGCGUCCCCCUCGCACAGCCCCUGCAGUGACUACGACGACCCCUGGGUCCUCCGCCCGCGGAGUCAGAGCAGCGUGAGCGUCGCCAGCUCGGCAGCCUCGCUAGCGGCUAACGCUAACGGGGCCGCGGUGGCUAACGUCUACUCCCUCUGCCACGUGACGCCAGCCCACAGCGACACAAGCAGCCUGCGCUCCGACUACGCAGAGUCCUGGAUGUACUACAUGGACUACCCCCGUAACCACGGAGAGCAGGGGCCGCACUCCCCCUCCAGGCACGCGACCGCGGCGGCAAACAGCGCCCACCCAGGGGCUCUUCAGAACGGAGGCGUGGGUGUCCACAACCACAGCAGCAGCCAGGGCUCAGCAGCUCCAGGCCAGGAGGGAGGAGUGGCGGUCAAGCCCAAAACCACCACUUCGUCCCCGGACCGGGUUCACCGGCUGACCUCGCCAUCCAGCGGCUACUCCAGCCAGUCCAACACCCCCACAGCAGGCACGCCCGUGCCCUCCUUCAUGAGGUCCACGUCCCCGUCCGGGGGGCGGCCCAAGCCCAAAGUGCCUGAGCGCAAGUCCUCGCUCCUCUCCUCCGUGUCCAUCUCCUCGUCCUCCACCUCCCUCUCCUCCAACGCCUCCGACUCUCUCAAAAACUCCGGCCCAGCCCCCCCGCCCCCUCCGCCCCUGCCACUCUCCUCCGCACCCCAGACCCCCAUCUCCCCGCCCCCGUCUUUCCCCCCCCCUCUCCCCCCUUACUGUAGCCCCGGCUCCCCCCCUCUGCCCCCCGCGCCUCCGCUGCCCAUGACCCCCGAAGGCACCCCGAUGAGCCCCCCUCCCUACUCCACGUCUCCAGACUUCCCUCCCCCUCCCCCCCCAGAGGCCCUCAUGCGCCCGAGUAUCUCCUUCAACGGCUGUCCCCCCAACCAGCCCCCGCCUCCCUUCGCCUCCCUGGCCCCCUGCCCUCCUCCCCCUCCCCCUCCUCCCCCGGCCCCAGCUCCGGCUGCACCCACCGCCACCCCCUUCAGCCUGAAAGCAGCGAAGGAUGCUCUCAGACCUGCCAGACCGGCCAGCACCGCCGGCGCCACCAGCCCCGUCAAGGAGGCCGGCAAGCUCUCCAAGCCGCUGGUCACCCCCUUCGCCCUUCAGAGUGUCCAGCUGCGCUCAGUCAGGAAGCCAGAGCAGCUGGUCAGCAGCCCAGAUCAGCCCAGCGCUGAGAGGGCAGGAGGGGAGAACAUCUGGACCCAGAAGCCCUCGACUCCAGAGAAGUGUAGGAGACCACAACUGCCCUCUGUCCUCCCCCUGCUCAACUGUUCUUCUCCCGAAGAAAACACCCACAAGUCGCCGUCCGCGUCUCCUGUCACAAAGCUCUUUGAGGAGCUGUCCCUGAACCGCAGUAACACCGAGGUGCAGCCAGAGGACGCUACCCUCAAUGGUAAACACCAGGAGCCCAGUCACUGCCUCUCAAAUGGCACAACCGACGACCAGGACAGCCAGCAGUCCCGUUUCCAGAGCCCUCCGGAGACCCCCAAAAGCUCCACUCCAAAACAGAAGCCCCCCACCAUCUCCAAGAAACCCAAAUUCUCCCUGCUUGGCCCCCUACUGGCUCCCAAGCCUGUUCCUGAGGAGAGUCCCCUUCCCACCCCCAGCACAGGAAGCCUUCUGGAGGGGACCCGCACCCCUUCUCCCAUAACAGGGGACCAGGUAGAUGCUGGAGAGAGACAAAAAGAGGAAGAAACAAAGGGAAGUGAGGCAGGGGAAAGGGUGGAGGAGGAGGAGGAGGAGGAGGAGUUGGAGGAGGAGGAGGAGGAAGACAAUGACAAGGAGGAGGAUCAAGCCUCCGGAAGUUCAGAGGCUCUGACAGAUAACAGUGAGCCUACAGAGCCGCAGGAAGAGACCCAGUCCCAGGACUUCCUUCCCCAGGAGACGAGCUCCGACCAGGGGCAAGGAGACGACGCAAAUGCCGGAGGGGAGGAGGACGAGGACGAGGACUGCGCCAGCAGCACCACAGGGUCGGUCAGCUCCAGGGAUGAUGACAACGGUGAAGUGUUUGACCCCAGAACGGCUGACUCUCCACUGGCCCCCACCACGAACGGGGUCCGCCCGGGGGACAUGGUGACCCCCGCACGCCCACGCACCACUGAGGACCUCUUCGCAGCCAUCCACAGGUCCAAAAGGAAGGUUUUGGGUCGUAAGGAGUCGUCAGAGGACGACAAGUCCCAGGGCCACACCCCGUCUCCCCCCGUCACCCCCACGGGGAUGACCUCCCCCAGCCUGGCCGCCUCCCUCCCCCGCCCGUCGGGCUCCAUCCAGAGGAACCUGCGCAAGUCGGCCACCAGCAGCGACACGUUCAAGGCCCUGCUCCUGAAGAAGGGCAGCCGCUCCGAGACCAGCUUCCGCAUGUCCGCCGCCGAGAUGCUGCGCUCCACCGACCCGCGCUUCCAGCGCACGCGCUCCGAGUCCUCGCUGGACCCGCCCUCCUCGCCCACCAGCCCGCUCAGCCCCUGCGGCUCGCCGGGCCGCGGCAAAAGGGCAGCGGAGGAGUGGCACCGCGGCGAGGGCCUCGCCCUCUCCGCGCCCUCGUCCCCCUCCUCGCCCAUGUCCUUCGGCGGGAUGAGGUACGGACGCUCGCGCACGCCGCCCUCCGCCGCCAGCAGCAAGUACAACGCCCGCAACCGGCUCCUCAGCAGCCCCAUGACGGUGAUCUGCGAGCGCGAGGGCGAGCUGGCCGAGAGCGAGUACGCGGACAGUCCGGCCUGCCGGCUCAGCCCCCUGCUGCACAACUCCUACAACGGCACUUUAUCUGAGGAGGGCAGCAGUUAGAGGGCAGGCCCCCGCCGCCCCACAUCUGGGGAUCUGAACUCAUUCGCUGUCGAGUGGGAGGGGGAGGAGCCGAAGGGGGGGGGGCCUCUCCUCAGACUGUGAAGCCCUUGCGCCCGCCCUGCCUGGUUCCAAGUCCAGUCGGGUUCUGGACCUGUGGACGCGGACCUUAGAGGCCCAGGAGCCCUCAGAAACUGGGCCGGGGCUGGACUCAAGUCUGAAGUGGAGGCCAGUUCAACUGCAGCUUUUUUCCGCUACUUUGUGUUUCCGUUGGGGUCCCUACAAUUUCAUUUCCGCUUCUUUUCAUCGCUCCUUUGUGUUACAAACAGUAAUCGUAGCCCUUCUCCAAAGCCUGGGGUUCUUGGUUGGUUUUCACCUUUUGAUUUUGUUCUCCUGUUAGAGAUGUGGUGGUUCUGCUGAGUGAAUGCAGGUGGUCCUUUAGGUUUUAGAAGGUUUCUCCAAGGACUGGGACAAAGCGAAAGUGAAAUGAAGGACUUUUCUUUGUUUUCGCUGCAGUGGUGCUCUUAGCUUGGCAGUCAGACAGAGUGGUCAGUCAUUUGAAAGUGUACUAAGGGGCUUGCUGUAAAAAAGCCUUGUAGUUCUGCUCAUUGCUUCUGUCAGCUUAGCUCUAGAGUGUUCUAGAACGCCAUGGCUUGCCAGUCUACUGUAGAAGGUAGAAGAUUUUUAAAACACUGGGCGGAACGCAACGGUACAUCAGCAAGGGUUCCAGGAAACUGCUCCAGCUACAGUCCUCAUCAGGUUUCAACACGUUGAAGUUAAGUUUGCAGGUCUGCAGUUCUUCAGUGGUCAACGGAAAGUGCAGAGGGGCUAAGAGUGGCACUGGGGGUGGACAGGUGAAGGCACACAAGGACAGCGGCUGGGCCUGCAUUGACACAGACAAACGUUGCAUUUUCAGUGAAGGUUUGGAAAACCUUUGGUGUUUGAAUUUUUAGUUUGUAGAUUUUGCACUGUCUAUUUGUGUUCUUCUUUCUCUGUUUGUUGUGAUAUUUUAAAAACCAUGUGUUAGAAAUUGUUUUAUUAAGGCUGUCUUAAGUCAACCAUUUGGAAAUUAAGAAGGAAAAGUAAACAGAAAAU